GGUGGCAUGUGGCAUGUGGGAUGUGGCAUGACCCGCAAAAUUGCGCAAUGCUUGUGUACAAGUUGCACCAUAGAAAUAUGAUUACAAACAGCGGCAAUGUUGCAGGCCGAAACUGUUUCGUUGCCGUGAGGGAUGUUUGUCAUCGGGUAGCUCAUCCCUCAUUAUACACCGAAACAAAUAGUGUCUACGAUGGCUAUAUAGUACCUACACAAGUCUACUACUUCCCAGACCAAUCCAUCACUCAGCAAUCCGUCUUAGUCUAAAUUUCAGUAUCAACAACAUAAACCACCACCUCAAAAUCUUGACAUAUCUACAAAAUGUCUGGAAUCACGAAAGUUGCGUUGGCAGGAGCUUCUGGCAAUCUUGGUCCAGCAAUCCUCGAUCAACUUGUUAAAGCUGGCUUUCAAGUCACAGUUCUUACUCGACAAUCGAGUACUCACGAAUUUCCAUCAACUGUCACAGUCAAGGAAGUCGACUACGAUUCCCUCGAAUCACUCACAACUGCUCUUGCAGGACAAGAUGCCGUUGUAUCCACUCUCGCCUCCGCCAGUUUAGACAAGCAGCUUCUUCUCGUUGAAGCAGCAGCUAAAGCUCAUGUUAAGCGCUUCAUUCCCUCUGAGUUUGGAUCCAAUACACCUAGAGAAAACACAGGAGCCUUGCCAGUCUUCCAACCUAAAAUUGCUGUCCAAAACGCCCUCAAGAAGCAUGCUUCUAGCGAAUUUUCAUACACUCUCGUGGUAAACGGCGCAUUCCUUGAUUGGGGUCUCUUAGUUGGAUUCAUCAUGAGUCCAAAGGGAAAAAGCGUCACACUUUAUGAUGGUGGCAAUCGAACUUUCAGUACCACUACCCUCCCAGACAUCGGACGAGCUGUAGUUGGUGUACUUAAGCACCCAGAAGAGACAAAAAAUCGCGCAGUCUAUGUCCAAAGUUACGCAACUACCCUGAAGAACCUUGUGGAGCUUGGAAAGAAGGUUCUAGGAUCAGAUGGUUGGACUGAGAAUGUUGCGUCAGUUGAUGAUAUCGUAGCGGGCGCAUGGGAAGAAUUGAAGAAACCACAGCCGGACCCACAUAAGUUCGCCAUGCCUUUCAUUAUUGCUUCCAUCUGGGGUGAGGGAUAUGGAUCGAACUUCGAGGCCUAUCACAAAUUGGACAAUGAUCUCUUGGGAAUCAAACAAUUAACUGAGCAUGAAUUGGAGGAAUUAAUCAAGAGUUCGGCAUAGAUAAACUGCAACCUUAUUGCUUCUUUGUACGUUACAUAUGCAAAUAAUGGAAGUAACAUAGUAUCAUAAUUUAACGCUGAUUAACUA